AUGGUGGCAGCUGUGCUAUGGCCUUGCAUGCUUAUAAACUCCUGGAUUCAUCAAGCUGUGGUGCUGCACUUCAUGGCUCACCACUACCACCACCACCAUCUACGCUACCUGCAUUCUCCCUGUGAUCUCACAGUGAGGAGAACGUCCAUCUCAACCUCCAUCAAAUGCAAGACCUUCCUCAGCUCCCAUGUCAUUCGGCACAUCCAUCAUGUUGUUCAAGCCCUCACCAAUGCCAAGUCCAUGGUUUGGGAGCUUCUUAGCAGAAGGAAUGCCACCAGCAGCACCAAGCCAAGGAGAAGGCAGGAGGAGGAAGUCUUCAGCUCCAUUAAGCCGCAUGUCACUCCCAUUUCAGAGCCAUUAAACCCUGAGGAGUUCGAGGUAGAUCGAUGUCUGUACUAUGACUCUACGUGGAAUUCAAUGAUCUCUGCGGAGGUCAUGAAUUGUGACACUGCGAGCUGCUAUGAUGACGAGAAAAAUGAAGAUGAAGGUGGUGGUGGAAAUGAGAUCGACCGACUUGCAGAGAAGUUCAUAGCGAGCUGCUAUGAGAAGUUUAGGCUGGAGAAGCAGGAGUCUUAUAGGAGGUACCAAGAAAUGCUUGCAAGAAGCAUGUAA